CUACACUUAGCUGCUAGGGUUAGGGAUUUUUCCAAAGAGGAAGGGGACAGAGAAGACAUCAAUCACAAAAUCAGCAGCGAGACGAGACGAGACCAGACGAGACGAGAGAGAAACCAAAGCAAAGCGAAGCGAAAGCCAUUUUUGUUCCUGCUAAUAUAACCCAAAGCCUACCACCACACACCUUCCUACCCCCUUCAGUCGCUCUUCUUCUCCUUCUCCUCCUCCUCCUCCUCCUUUCUCCAAGAACUCUUAUUGACAAGCAGCAGCAGCACACAGAGAAACCCUAGAACCCACCACCACCCACACCACAGAGAUUGCCAAACAGAGACAUUCCCCCCCAUUUGAUAGGAUACCACACCCUUCUCCUCCACCGGAGAUCGCAAUUUCAAUCCCCCACCCUUCCCCGCCGUGCAGGAACCCUAGGAUUUGGGGACUGCUCACCCUCCUUUUCCCUUCCCCGUACACUACCCCCGGUUUCGUGGGUUGCUGCUCUCCCUAGGGUUGCGGUUUCUCUCUGGGUGUGGAUUCUCGAGCGGGAGCGUGCUGUUCCGUUCAGGGAGAUUUCUGUCCUGUCCUAUCCUAUCUCGCGGUAAUCAGUUAUAAGCUGAGCCUGUAACGGAGGCCGCCGGGAGGGGGGGUCUCCUCCGGUGUUCUCGUCCUGGUUCUGUCAGCCUGGAGGGGUAAUCGUUUCUCGGAUGGAAUUGGGCUCGUCGUUGUAGACUCCAGUAUCCUCACCGCAUGGUGGUUGCGGCAUUCUUCUGACUGACUGACCAUUCAUUGGUUUUGGUUCUGGAACCAUGGGAUUGUGGCCUGCAUAGCAGUUCCAUUUCUGCAUUGUGAGGAAGAUAACCCUAGUUACCCCAUAUAGACCAGUUUUGGUGCUUCGGGUGUUUGUGGAUUGUGCCGAGCCGAAAGGGGGCGGCAUACCGUUUUUUCGGUGCCUUUGAGUGGUGAAAUGAAGCUGUUCGUUGCUGAGUGAGAAGUUUGGAUUUGCCAUUUAUGAGAGUCUUAUAGGAAAGAAAUUGGAUUCUGGUGGUUCGGUGAAAGUGGGAUUGGACUGCAUUUGGUACGGGGAAAGACUUGACAGUUUUGUAUUUGGCUCGAGAAGAUUGACAUAGAAGAAAGAAAGAAAGAAAGAAUCGGGAUUCCUUUUUUCCAUUUUUUUGCUUUCCUUUAUGAUGUUUGUCAAUAAGUAUGGAUAGAAGUGAGCCUGCACUGAUUCCAGAAUGGCUGAAAAGCAGUGGAAGUGCCACCAGUGGUGGUUACGGGAACCACCAAUAUUCAUCUUCUUUGCACUCAGAUGAUCAUUCUCUAUCAAAGCACGCUAGAAAUAAGUCGUCCUUUGUCAAUAGUGAGCAUGAUGGGAGCCGAUCUUUUGGUUCUGAAAAAACUACUUCCACCUAUUUCCGACGGAGUACUAGCGGCAAGGAUUCUUCCCACUCAAGGUCCUACAGCAGUUUCAAUAGAAGCCACCGGGACAGGGAGUGGGAGGAUGGGCCGGACUUCAGGGACAAGGACAGGUCCAUUCCGGGUGACCACAGGCACCGCGAGUACUCUGACCAUAUAGGCGGUGUAUUGCCUGGUAAAUUUAGUAAGGAAACUUUACGGCGCUCGCAGUCUAUGGUUAGCAGGAAGCCUGAAGGGAACUUGCCAAAGAAGGUGGCUGGUGAUUCUGGCGAUGCCAGCAACAGCAACAAUCAUAUAAAGAGCAGCUCGCUGCUCCUUCCCAGUGGCAGUGUUCCAAGUAGCAUGCAAACCUCGUUUGGGCGAGACUUUCCUUCUCUUGGAGCAGACCAGAAGCAAAGCUCUUCUGAGUUAAGGAGAGUCCCUUCUCCCGUUCUGCCUAGUGCUGUUCACAGUCUACCAGGUCCUGGUGCUGGAGUAAUUGGGGCAGAUGGAUGGACUUCAUCUCUGGCUGAGGUACCUGGAGUAAUUGCAAGCAGCAGCACUGGUAGUUUGCCGUCUCAGCAAGCAGUCUCUGGAGGCUCGGUCCCUCUGGCUCAAAGAGUGGGUGGGCUUAAUAUGGCAGAAGCAGUGGCCCAAGGUCCCUCUCGUGCUCGAACGCCUCCACAGGUGUCUGUUGACAGUCAAAGGCUCGAAGAGCUUGCUAUUAAACAAUCUAGGCAACUAAUUCCAGUGAUACCAUCCACCCCCAAACCUGUGUUGCUCGGUCCUUCGGACAAAUCAAAGCCAAAGACUGGGCAGCAGCAAUCUCAGUUCUUGACUUCACAGAGCAAUCAAAGCCUUCGUGGUGGUUCUGCGAAGUUCGAUUCUGGAAAGACAUCUAGCAAUCUGGGCAAGCUGCAGGUGUUGAAACCAGCCCGAGAGCUUAAUGGCGUCACUUCAACUGUGGUGAAGGAGAACUUGAGCCCCAAAAAUGGUGUCAAAGUUGUAAAUACUCCUCUAAGUCUAAAUCCAGCAGCAACUGCUGCAUCUGCUCCCCUCAGAAUUCCUGCGAAUAUCCAAAACUCAGCAGGUCCUGAGCGCAAGUCUCCAACAAUAUCUGCGAACUUAGAGAAAAGACCGUCGUCUCUGCAGGGCCAGAGCCGAAGUGACUUCUUCAACCUUCUAAAGAAGAAGUCCUCUUCCUCUGCAAGCAAUUCUCCUGCUGGGAAUGAGGCCAUGUCUUCUGCACCAGACAAGGCCCUCGGCUCAGUUGCUGAAGAUUCUGCAGCUGCUGCUACCGGUGUUGCUGAUUCUUUGACUUCAGAGAGCAAGCUGGACCAUUCCUCUGACUUGCCGACUGAGAAUGGUGGUAAGGUAAUGGCCAAUGGAGAAGGCAACGAAGGGAUGCACUACCUCAAUGGGAAUGGAGAGGAUCAGUCAGACAUUGAUGUUCCUUAUCCUGAUGAGAAAGAAGCUGCAUUUUUACGGUCGCUGGGGUGGGAGGAGAAUGCUGGAGAAGAUGGAGGCCUUACUGAGGAUGAGAUACGCACUUUCUAUGAGUUCAUGAAGAUGAGGCCGAGGCCGGAACCGAUCGGGUUGCAGCUGAAAGUGAAUAACAAAUAACGGGAGCUGUGUGGGUUCAUCAACUGGGCUGAACUUGUCUUAGAAAUUUUGAUCUGCCGCCUACCUGCCUUUGACUUGGGGAGGAAAAGUAGUUUCUGGCUUUUGUUUUUUUUUUUGUUUUGUUCUCUCUUUUUUGGGGUCCAUUUUGAUGAUCAUCACCAGAGGAAUUAAAUAGAAAAAAAAAAAAAAAAAAAGAAAAAGGAAAAUAGUUUCUAUUUUUUUGUUAACCCCUUCUUCUUUUUCCCCACCUUCCCUUUUUGGCUGGGCCUCUUCCUGUGAUCUUCUCUUCUGCAGCUUCUGUAUACACCUCGGUGUCUUUUAACGUCGGGAAUAUAUUAGCUCAGGAAAAUGCGAUCGUGUAAUUGGGCACUUAAAAGUGCAACGGCAAGGGAAAAUGAAGAUUGCUCUUGGGUUUGACGUUC